AUGGUUGACCACAACGCAACCGAUCAGACGGACGUCAAGGACGUCCAAGAUGGAAGCUCUCAGUACGACGAGACUCUGGCGCCGACGCCCGCUGAGAACAGGCGCCUGCUGAUGAAGACGGACCUCGUUGUCCUCCCCUGCGCCGUGAUCAGCAUGACCCUCGCGUUCCUCGACAAGGCAAGCCAACCUUCUUCAUCCUCUAACGCCCUGGGCUUCGCCGCAAUCUUUGGCCUGCGACAGGACGCGAACCUAAAGGGCCAGGAGUACAGCUGGCUCGGCUCCGUCUUCUACUUUGGCUACCUGUCCAUGGAAAUUCCCGCUCUCUACCUCAUCACAAAGUUCCCCAUUGGCAAGUUCAUCGGCGCCUGCCUCAUCCUCUGGGGCGCCUGCGUCUGCCUCAUGUCCGCCUGCCACAACUUUGCCGGUCUCGCGACGAUCCGCGUGCUGCUCGGCAUCUUCGAGGCCGCCCUGCUGCCAUGCAUGCUGGUCCUCAACGCGACGUGGUACCGCCGCGAGGAGCAACCCCUGCGAACGGCGCUCUGGCACAACACCUUUGCAGGCGUGUUCGGCGGCAUCCUCUCGUACGCCAUCGGGAACAUCAAGGGCAGCCUGUCGACGUGGAAGUACAUCUUCAUCAUCUAUGGCGCCGUCACCGUCGUCGUCGGCUUCGUCGUGCUCUUUGCGCUGCCCGACUCGCCGCAAAAGGCGUGGUUCUUUGACGAGAACGAGAAGAGGCGCGCUGUCGCCCGCCUCGCCGAGAACCAGACGGGCGUCGACGUGAAGAAGAAUUUUGACGCGCGCCAGGUGCUCGAGGCCGUCAAGGACCCGAAAUGCUGGUGCGUCUGGGCGUGCGCCAUCGGGUACGCGGUCGCCAACGCGGGCAUCACAAACUUCAACCCGCUCAUCAUCUCGGGGUACGGCUUCAGCCAGACCAAGACCGUCCUGAUGGCUACGCCGCAGGCCGCGGUCGCCAUGGUCGCGGGCGUGGUGCUCACGACCAUCUCCAUGUUUGUUCAGAACCUGCGGUGUCUCUUCUGGAUCCUCUCCGCGGUCGUGGGGCUCGUGGGCGCCGUCAUGGUGCACACGCUCGACAUUUCCCAGCACCGGGACGCUAGCCUGGCCUGUGUGUACAUCAUGGGCUUUUAUAAUGUUCCCUGGGUCUUCAUGCUGAGCCUCAACUCGUCCAACACGGCGGGGGCGACCAAGAAGAGCUUCAUGGGCGUGACGGUGGCCGUGUGCUACGCGAUUGGCAACAUUGUCGGGCCUCAGCUCUUCCUGUCGAGCCAGGCGCCGCGGUACCCGCUCGGCAUCAGCGCCAUGAUGUUUGCGUUCGCGCUCAUGGCGGCGUCGGGGGUCGUUUACUAUCUGCUUUGCAUUGCCGAGAACAAGCGCCGCAACUCCAAGUAUGGGGUACCGGAGGACAGGUUGCAGGCUGGUCUCGACCAGGAGAGGGAGGACAAGACUGAUUGGGAGAAUACGGAUUUCCGUUAUACCUACUAG